AAAAAGAAACAUAUCAAGAAACUAAAAAUCUAUACAAGAUGAUUAAACACCUUAGUCUCCUCGCAUUCGUCGAAUAUGCCAUCAUCGCCAUUGUUUUUACAGCCAUAACUGUUAGCUCUGAUGAUGCAGCACCAAUACCAGAGGCUGAAGCUGAAGUAAACGCUUGGUUUGAAGCUAAUGUCAAGCCAUUGGCAGAUCGUAAGGGCACUUUAAAUGCUGACCUUGAAGCAGCUGAAGCUACUCCCAAAACUAUUACGGUGAGAGCAGACGGAAGUGGAGAGUUCAAGACUAUAACAGAUGCUGUUAAGAGCAUUCCAGCCAAAAAUGCACAACGCGUGAUUGUGGAUAUUGGACCUGGAACCUAUACCGAGAAAAUUACCAUUGAAAAAGAUAAGCCCUUUGUUUCGUUUGUCGGAGUACCUGAGAAGACAAUCAUAGAAUUUGCUGGCACUGCUCAUGAAUUUGGAACUGUGUAUAGCGCAACAUUACAAGUGGAGUCUGAUUUCUUUGUGGGAAGCGGUUUAGUUAUCAAGAAUACUGCACCUCCGCCUGAUGGAGUAAGACCUGGAGCGCAAGCAGUUGCUUUCAGAAUUGCUGGAAGUAUGUCAAGUUUUUACAAUUGCAAAUUUAUUGGAUUUCAAGAUACAAUAUGCGAUGACAAAGGGUUUCACUUUUGGAAAGACUGUUACGUUGAAGGCACCGUUGAUUUCAUCUUUGGGAGUGGAAAGUCUAUUUAUCUGAAUACCCAGUUAGAGGUUAUACAAGAUAAGGACAUGACAGUGAUUGUUGCACAAGCAAGAGGAAAUGCUGAAGAUACUGGCUUUUCAUUUGUUCAUUGUAGCAUAACUGGAAAAGCAAAAGGAGCAUUCCUAGGCCGAGCAUGGAUGCCAGCUCCUAAGGCGAUAUUUGCAUAUAGUACCAUAAGUGAGGUUAUCUGUCCCGAAGGAUGGUCUAAUAAUGAACAUCCUGAAAGAGAGCCAGAGAUCUUCUUUGGAGAAUUUAAGAAUUCAGGACCAGGCGCAGCUGCUGAUGGACGUGUUAAAUUUGCCAAGCAACUGACUGAAGCAGAAGUAAAACCUUUUAUUUCUCUUAGUUAUAUUGAAGGUUCCAAAUGGCUGCUUCCUCCUCCCAAAUUGUGAAGAGUAUAUUUAUCGCAGAAAGUAUAAUAAUUAAUCCAUACAAGAGAAAAUAGUAACAAUUCUACAUAUUGUGUAACCCGUUGCUUUUUGACUUUGAAUUUUAUAUAAAAUGCGAUGAGCUACAAUUGAUCGAAGGUGUUACUUUUUGUGUAAGAAGUAGUCACUUACAACUUAAUAUUUUAUAAAAAAAUAGAAAAAUGGAUAAUUCUGGGAACAAA